AUGUUCCUCGGACCGGUCUCGUACCUAGACUGUUUUAUAUUUUUGGUCUUCCUCACGCCACAGUUGAUCAUACACGCCGGGUUAUGGACCACGCUCUAUCAUGGAGCUAGGAGCUUACCAUUUCUAGCGGUUCAAUUGCCCUCCCAAGUCAUCUUUCAGCGGUAUCUGUUGUCAAAGGCUCAGAGAGCGCCGUUCUACCGCCACGCGACACUAUUUCAGGAGAUAGUGAUUCGAUGCGUGAAGUACGCUUUUGCAGAGAUUCCUCCCCAAGUGGGACGUGUCUUCUUUGCUCGGGAGGUUGUACAUCCUUUUCUUCGUUAUCGAAUGCGGAGGCAUGGCUAUCUCCGACCCCCUGUUCAUUAUAGGGAGGUGCAGCGUGGCAAACUGAACGGCAUCUGGAUCAUCGCGAAUGAGCUAGAGAAACCGGAUAUCGUGAUCUACUAUGCCCAUGGAGGAGGGUUUUCCAUGGGUACCGCCUACUUCUACUCGGAAUUCCUGAUGACAUGGGUAGCCGUGCUGCGAAGAAGUGGCUACCGCAAUCCGGCCAUCUUCGCGUUGGAAUACACAUUAGUGCCUGACGAGGUAUACCCGGUCCAGGUACAACAAGCCGCGGCAGGUUACGAGUUUGUUAUGUCUAUGGUGGAAGAUCCGAGUCACAUCUGUGUCAGCGGAGAUUCAGCCGGAGCCACUAUCAUGUUGAGUCUCUUGCUCUCUCGGGGCCGGCACGAUCAUUGGGAGGCUGAAAGACCAGGACUUGCGGCCUUCUUCUCGCCAUGGCUAACUCUUGUGUCACCAGACAAUCGCAACACAGAGAGCGAUUAUCUGAACAUGGAGAGCUUACACCUCUACGCGUUCCAGUACGCGGGUAAGCAGGGCUCGUUGGAGGACCCCAUGGUGUCGCCGGGGACUUGUAAGGACACCGGCUGGUGGCGACGGUCAUCCCCGUCCGGCGGCUUCGUCUGCUUCUACGGUUCGGAGGAGGUCUUUGGCCCUGAGACCCGGCGCUGGAGCCAGCUGAUGUCCACGGCGGGCUGUCGAUGUGAAGUGGUGGAGCAAAGUGAUUCCAUCCAUGUGUGGCCGGUUGUGGCGCUCUUCAUCGGCGAUACGACGACGGAGCGGCUCGAGGGUCUGAUACAGAUGACGGAUCGAAUCAUCCCAGCGAUCCCGCCAGCGCGCGACCGUAUGCGUUAA